GGGCAUCAGUAAGAUUUGACAAUUCAAACCAGCAACAUGCAGAAAGCAACCAUCUUAAUCGUGGCAGUUGUGGCUCUUGCCGCCCUCGCUGAGGCAGCUCCCCAGGGCUUCCAGCACCUGGUCUACUAUCCCCCACCGCGGCCACCACCACAGCCCAUUCGGGUUCGUCGUCAGGUGUUGGGCGGAUCUUUGGCUUCCAAUCCCGCCGGCGGUGCUGAUGCUCGAGUGGAUCUUUCCAAGGGCAUCGGUAAUCCUAACCACAAUGUGGUGGGCCAGGUCUUCGCUGCUGGAAACACACAAUCCGGCCCAGUUACUACUGGCGGAACUCUGGCAUACAAUAAUAAUGGCCAUGGCGCUUCUUUGACUAAGACCCACACCCCGGGAGUCAAGGACGUCUUCCAGCAGGAGGCCCAUGCCAAUAUCUUCAAGAACGACCGACACAACCUGGACGCCAAGGUGUUUGCCUCGCAGAACAAGCUGGCCAACGGAUUCGAAUUCCAACGCAAUGGUGCUGGACUGGACUACUCCCACGCGAAUGGCCAUGGCGCCAGCUUGACCCACAGCAAUUUCCCCGGAAUUGGCCAGCAAUUGGGUCUGGAUGGCCGCGCCAACCUAUGGUCUUCGCAGGAUCGCAACACCCGCCUGGACUUGACAGGAUCUGCCAGUAAGUGGACGAGCGGACCAUUCGCCAACCAGAGGACCAACUUUGGCGGUGGCCUAGGACUCUCCCAUACCUUCGGUUAAUCCUUAUGUCCAAAUCAAACGAAAUCUAAUUUAUUCAAUAAAAAUUAAUACUUAAUCAA